AUGGACACCCCAUCACCACAAGAGUUCAUAUUCUCGGACGAGUACAUUUGCCAGUGGAACCAAUGCCACAAAAACUUUGACGACGCCGAGACACUCUAUCAGCAUCUCAGAGACGACCAUGUCGGGCGCAAAGCACACCACAACCUCUGUUUGACCUGCCACUGGGACAAGUGCACCGUCCAGACCUUUGCCAAACGAGACCAUAUCACCUCUCACUUGCGUGUCCAUGUCGCUUCUAAACCCCACCAGUGCAGGCACUGCAAGAAGGGAUUCAAACGGCCGCAGGACUUGAAGAAGCACGAAAAGACCCACGACAACCACACCCACCAUACCCUUGCAGACGAUGAUAACUCUGACACCGACACAAAAAACGACACAAAAGCUGCCUCAACGUCCGCCUCAUCUUCUUCAGCCCAUCUACAGCCCACCAAGGACCCCGCACUCCCACUCACCCCACCCACUCCCUUCGAUCGCUCCCCCUCUGUCGUCUCGACCCUCACCGGUUCUUCUGUCUCUCCUUAUUCGAUGCCCCUCUCUCCCGCCGAUACUCUAGAAUCUUGGAACCCUGGGCUUUCUUCGCCAUCGUACUCGACCAGCUCCGACCUGUUCAGCUCCCCAAGCGCCACUGACUUAGAACUAGACUUGAUGAAUGCGCCCUUUGGGCAGCCUAGCAUCGAUGAUCCCUUCUAUGGCGCCUUCCCCUCAUCCAACUCCUAUGACAGCAUAAUCACGCCCUCGACUAGCAAGCGACCCCGCGACAGCGUCGACGAAGUCCUGACAGACACACUCGGUGCUUUCGCCCUCGAUGCAAAGAAGAAACGAUUCGACCCUUCAUACAACGAAGACAUGAAAGGGCGCCUUGACGCACUAUCGGCCAUCUUGGAAGAGAACCCAUUGACAUCGGAUCGCCUGUUGACUUCGCUCCCUGACGUCAGUGACUGGAAUCAUUUCAGUCAAUUCAACCAAUACUGCUCUACACUUUUUGAGGAUCUCAGUGGAGAGACGUUUGAGCCGCAGACCUACGACACCCCACUGUUCCCAGAGUACGAUCAAAAGCAAGCUCCCACCGCAAUGGACGGAGAUUACAUGUCCGGUCUCAACGGACUCUCGACCUAUGAUACCACUGGCACCGCAUUUACAGCCACACAGAUGAGCCCGAUGUACAGCUCUGCCGAUCCCACCUUUGAUUUCACUUCGACUUCGACCAUGAAUAUCCCCUACGGCACGGCAGACCUACCAUGGAACAUUACACCGCCAAUAGUGACACCAGGCGUCAUGCGGAAUGCCAUUCCGAAGCAGACACUCCAAUCCAACCGCUUCACCAACCCUCAGUAUGUGUCACUACCUGCACUGCAGCAGAGUCCGGACCUUGUCAAGAUCGAGCCAAAGGAGGAGCCAAUCGAGCCCCAACCGGGGUCCCACACCGCGCGAACUUACACUGACAUGGGUACACAGACGCAAGAAAAUAAGGGUCAACCUGUGUCCGUCGGUGGUGGCCAGAUGAUGUUGCUUAGGAUGCAUGCGGACCUUCCGCCGUUGGAGAACAAAAAGAAGGGCAAGAAGGCGAAGCCUCUGGACCCAGAGGAGGCAGAGGCACUUUUGGAGACCGCGCCAGAGGUACCUACGAACCCGUUGCCCGAGAUCGAGGUUACUCAGGAUGAUUCUCUCUCCGUUGGCGUUGCAAGCGUUGCUCAAGAUCUGACCAAGGAGCUGGAGUUGCAGAAGGAACAGGAGCGGGAGCAGGAGGAACAGAAGCCGGAUUCGCCAACAUCAGAGCAUGUAGAUGGAAAGGAGGCUACUGAGCCAUGCGACAGUGCAGCAACAUCUCCAAAUCAACAGGGUGUAUCGAGGUUUAGCAGCUACCUUCAAAAAGCACGCGCUCGCACUGCCGCUGCCGCUGCUAAUGCCGCCAAACCUGCGACCACGGCUGCUCCAGCGGGUACUAUUACUCCGACCCUUGCUGCGUCUGAGGUUCUCAGCCCGAUCGAUGCUAUGACUCACCAACUCGCACAGGUUCGUCUGGACGGAAAUGCCAAGCCUGCCCUAAAGCCAGCAACCACGCGACCCAUCAUCGCUGAAGGAGAUAUUGAGCGGCAAUUGAAGGCGGCCAAGGCACGGUCUCUUUGCAUGGACGACCCAGUCCGCCGACAGCACGCCGAAGUGGUUUUGGGACUUCUCAAGAGCAUUGAUGCCCUGAUGGUGGAUCAUCGCCAAAAGGUUGCACAGUACAGGACAGUGCUGGCCGCACAGGCAGUUCAGGCAGCCAAGACAAACGGAUCUUCUUCGGCAGGAUACCCUCGACCUGGUGGAGGAGGCGUUCAUGUCCACCAACAGGGCGCUAUCCGAACGGUAUCUUCGCUCUUGCCACGGAGAGGCGCGCCUUCGACUGCAGGGUCUACGCCACGACAGCCGUCGCCUUUGCAUUAUCGACAGGGGUCAGAUUACAGCCAGUUGCGAUCUGCUCUGAAGGAUGGGACCUCUACGUCUCCAGUAUUAACAUCUCCAGUGUUGUCGUCCCCAGUGUCUCCGCGCCAACAGACCCAACAGCCUCAACAGUCUCAGUCGGAACAGCCACUAAAACAGGAGCAGGACCAGCAACAGCAUGAAUCUGAUUUGUCGAGCACCUCUGCCUCUGAGGAGGAGAAAGUAGAAGAGGUAGACAAUGAGGAGGAGGAGGACUCGCUUGUGCUGUACCCGACCUCGGACCUUCACCACGCCUCGAUCGUCCCCUUCCACCUGUCGGAAGAGGAACGUCGGUUCAUUGAAGAGGAUAAUGCCAAGACUGCCGAAGCUGCUGCUGCUCGCAACCGGAUGACCGCCCAUGUAUAA